AAUGCGGCCGGUGAGAUGUAUGGACGAGGCAGAAAAUAUGAAGAUCCAAAGUCAGAAAUUCCCGAAACAGGAGGAGAGCAGGCUGCUGGUGUUGGAAAUGUCGUUUAGGAAAGUUUAUGAUCUUCUGAUGAAGAACACGUCCACAGAGUGGAAUUCCAGUGAGCUGCAGCAAUUGAAGAAUUAUCUCGGACUUCAGAGACAAUUCUACACAACAUGUAAUCCGGUUGCCAGCUCUGUUCAUGUCAAAGUGGAAAACUGGAGCGCUUUUUGGAGAAGUCUGGAUGAUUUUCUGUCAGAAAAGAGUUUCAGCUCGUGCGCAUGGGAAAGCGCGCGCACUGUCAUUCUUCAGGUCAUGCGCAGUUUCUACAAAUCCACUACAAAAUCACCAAGACAUAUCAGAAGCUGCUAAUAUCCACUUUAACACUGUUUAUAUGUUA